UGUCGUUCGCUCGGGCGGAGUCAGUCGCACGCUUGAGCGCGAGCCAUACGGAGUGCGCCAGUGAAACAGUUCAGUGCGGGAAGUGAAGUGUUUGUGAAGUUACUUUUGAGAGCGCGCGCUGUUCUUCAGCACCAUGUUGAACCCAUUUAUGGAUAGCGGCCACAUGGGUUCGCUCAUGGGCCACAAGCUCAGUCCGCCGACCCACCACAUGGGCGCGGAGAGCAUCGCCCACACGCAGGGCAACCAGUACAACAACGGCUACGGCAUGUCGCACCACACCAUGCACCACGGCCACAUGGGCACGUACCCGAGGGAGCUGUUCCUGCGCAGGGACCACAUGACGUCGCUGGGCACGCUGGGCACGCACGACCUGGCCAACAACCAGCACCACACGAUGUUCGGGGCGACGCUGGGCGGCCACGACCCGUCCACCAUGAUGUUCCCCGGCCUGCACGACGCCCACCACGGCCACAUGAACAACAUGAACAGACUGGCCGGCAUGGACUGGUCGCACCAGCAGAUGGGCUCGCAGGUGUACCACGGCAUGAACCACAUGAACAUGAACCCCAUGGCGGCGGCCCACGCGCCCGGCGCCUUCUUCAGGUACAUGCGGCAGCCCAUCAAGCAGGAGCUGUCGUGCCUGUGGGUGGACCAGGACCAGCCCAACCCCAAGAAGCCGUGCAACAAGACCUUCACCAGCAUGCACGAGAUCGUCACGCACAUCACGGUGGAGCACGUGGGCGGCCCCGAGUGCACCAACCACGCCUGCUACUGGCAGAGCUGCCCUCGGAAUGGGCGCUCCUUCAAGGCCAAGUACAAGCUGGUGAACCACAUUCGGGUGCACACGGGCGAGAAGCCGUUCCCGUGCCCGUUCCCCGGCUGCGGGAAGGUCUUCGCGCGAUCCGAGAACCUCAAGAUCCACAAGAGAACUCACACGGACUGUGGCGUGACCAAGGCCGUGAGCGGCGAGUUAGCGGGCCGGCGGGAACAGAGCGCGCCGGCAACACCCACAAAGACAUAA